AUGGGGAGGAAAUGGCAGCCUGAUAUGGGCUCCCGGAACCCGGGAACAGCCUCCAUCCUGGACACAGGCCCUUAUCACAUCCUUCCACAACUUGCCCUGAGCCCUCCUUUUGGCUCUGUUCUCGCCUGCUCUCCUUCUACCUUGGGGAGAUCGGGGGUGGACUCCAACCACCACUCACUUCCAAGCUUUAAAAACCUCUCCAGCUGCCCACCUCAUUUCCCCUUCACAGCUGCAUUCUUAGAAUUGCCUACUUUUAACCCUGGCCUUCCUCUCCCUCCUCACCCUCCUCUAGGCUGUUUCCCACCUGCCCCCUACUCCAUGGACUCAGUUCUUGCCAUGUGCCUCUGA